GAAUAUUCAGCCGCUUACAGAUAGAAAGGUUGAAGAAAUGAUGAGAGAAACCAACUUUGGCAUGGAAGCUGGACAUGGUUAUUCCAAGUUUGAUGAUGAUGGCCGCAUAAAACGAACUGGGACAUUGAUGACAACAAGUGCACAUAUCAUAACUGCAGUGAUUGGAUCGGGUGUGUUGUCUUUGGCAUGGGCCUUGGCCCAAUUGGGUUGGAUUGCAGGCCCAAUUUCCCUAGUGGGCUUCUCUCUCAUGACUUGGUUCACUUCCAUACUUCUUGCAGACUGUUACAGAAAUGCAGAUGGCACAAGAAAUUACACAUACAUGGAUGUUGUUAAAUCUAAUCUAGGAGGCAUGAAAAUUCAACUAUGUGGGAUAGCUCAAUAUAGCAAUCUCAUUGGUGUUACCAUUGGAUACUCUAUCACUACAUCCAUUAGCAUGGUUGCCAUUAAAAGAUCAAAUUGCUUUCAUAAACAUGGCCAACAAGAGGGGUGUCAUGAAAAAAACAACGAUUUCAUUAUUCUCUUUGGAGUGAUACAAAUAAUUCUUAGUCAAAUACCAAAUUUUCACAAGCUUUCAGUACUUUCCCUUGUUGCUGCUGUUAUGUCUUUUGCUUACUCCUCCAUUGGCAUUGCUCUCUCCAUAGCCAAAAUUGCAGGAGGAGAUGGACAUGCUGAGACUGGCCUCACAGGGAUACCAGUUGGAGAGAAUCAGUCAAGUGUGGACAAGAUGUGGAACACAUUCUCUGCUUUUGGUAACAUUGCAUUUGCUUAUGCUUUCUCUAAUGUCCUUAUUGAAAUACAGGAUACAGUAAAAUCAGGGCAACCAGAGAACACAGUGAUGAAGAAGGCUACUUUAAUUGCAAUCUCGAUCUCUACCCUAUUUUAUAUGCUAUGUGGUAUUGGAGGCUAUGCUGCAUUUGGGAACAAAGCACCUGGAAACUUUCUAACUGGAUUUGGCUUCUACAAUCCUUUUUGGCUUGUUGAUUUGGCAAAUGUAUGCAUUGUAGUUCAUUUACUUGGAGCUUACCAGGUAUUUUGCCAACCAAUAUUUGGCUUCAUCGAGAAGUGGAGUAAUGAGAAAUGGGCAAGAAGUAAAUUCAUUACUAAAGAAUAUCCCAUUGGCAUGCCAUUCUGUGGCAAUUUCAACUUCAGUUUCUUUAGACUUAUAUGGAGAACAACUUAUGUGAUAUUCACAACUGUUUUGGCCAUGUUAUUCCCAUUCUUCAAUGACUUUGUGGGACUUCUUGGAGCUGCCUCUUUCUGGCCAUUGACUGUAUAUUUCCCAAUUGAAAUGUAUAUUUCAAAAGCAAAGAUUCCCAAGUUCUCCUUCACUUGGAUCUGGAUGCAAAUACUUAGCCUCAUUUGCUUCACUAUAUCACUUCUUGCUGCUGCUGGAUCAGUCAGAGGACUUAUCAAGUCACUUCAAACAUUCAAGCCGUUCAAUUCAGUAUCUUAGAAUAUCUGGU